AUGGCUUCGAAAACGAAUUUCACACCAUAUGAAGCUGAAAUGUUAGCUUCUUUGGUGGAUAAUUUCAAAGAAGUCAUUGAAUGUAAAAAAACAAAUGCAAUCGCUAAUACGCAAAAAGAUCGGGCUUGGGAGGAGUUGACCGCUCAGUACAAUUCUAUCGGCGGUACAAUUCCUCCUAGGACUGCUCUUCAGCUAAAAAAUAAAUGGAAAAAUAUGAAGAAAGAAUCCAACAAAAGAAAAGCUUUAGAAAAAGUGGAGAUCUUCCGAACGGGUGGCGGAACGAAAAAAAUGCUCAUCACCCCCAUAGAGGAAAGAGUCGCAUCAAUGGGUAUUCGGACGGAGCCCAUUGAAUGCCAAUAUGACACCGACUUCCCUUACGAAGAAUCUCUGCAGCAAGAUAGCAGCAGUAUUGUUCUGGAAGAACAAAAUUACUCGGCUGAAGUUAUUCCGGUCCAAAGUCAGAGUUCUACACCAACUCCUGCAGAGGUAGAGAACAAUAAUCAGCAAAACCGUGAGGAAUCUGCACAGAGCCAGGACACCUCUGCUGCCACUCCAAAGCCAAUGUCCCAAAGGUUGGCUGCAAACAGUAGGCGCGUCCGGGUGCCAACUUUAAGAAGGCCAAAUGCCUCUGCAAGGGCCUCCUCUGUAAUGGUUGAAGGGGCAAAAGCCCACAAAGAAGCAGUGGAGAAGGAAAGUUCUCAACUGAUGGAGAUUAGAGAAGCCGAGCAUCUAAUGAAAAUGAGAGUGCUGGAGGCUAAGCUCGCAGCUUAUGAAGAGAUGAGGAAUUACUAUGCUGAGCUCAAUAAAAAAAAUUUUGUAGUUAACUUAUAA